AUGGUUGUGGCGUGGCGUGUAUGGGAUGAAUCAAAGCAGCAGGGCUCAGGCCCGAGAGUGGAGAAUGAGCCAUUUAAAGCCAUUGCUGGACCUGACCUGGAGCUGAUUCAAGGCAGCAGAACCGAGGCAAGGCAAGCAGAGAGAUAUCUGGUGUGUUUAAUCCUCCUUCACACAUGGACAUCGGAAAGUCAUGGAGAAGAUUUCCAGAUGUCUGACUUCAAAACACCUGGACAACAGAAUAUUCUGGAGAUUCUCCUACAGGCAGUGAACAAACUGAGACCUGAGACCAGUCUGAGGCCAAGGGUUAAUAUUGUCUUUGAUGUCGAGCUCCAAGGAAAUGGGCGAAUUGUGAAACCAACAAAUCCCAUCAUCUACGACAGAGUCAAUGUGAACAAGGGUAAAGGCUACAAUCGCAAAACUGGGAAGUUCAUCGCCCCGAGGUGUGGUCUGUAUUUCUUCAGCUACUCGUCACUCCCGGGCAGAGGGACAACAACUGACGUUCUGCUCAUGAAGAAUAACAAUGCAGUUAGUGUGAUCCACAGUGUCCUGCCCAAGAAUAGUGCCCAGCUGUCCAUGAGAAACAAAAUCCUUCAACUCCACAAAGGGGAUGAGGUGUGGGUGAAACUGACCAUUGGCUCCCUGUGGAGUAAAAUAGGCUCCCUCAGCUUUCAGGGCUUCCUACUAGGGCAGUAGGGUGUCCCAGCAUGCUUUGCCUCUGCAUAAUCUUCAUGCACUGCAGUUGAAAAUGCUUCACCCUGGCAGAAAUGUUAUUGAAUAAACAAGAAAAGCUCACUGGGAAUAAGUUUAGCUAAUGCAUGAAGUGAGACAGGGAGACACAUAAGUAUUGACCAGCAAUAGAUGAGAAUUGGAACGUUGUCUUUGUUAAAGCAUCUGAAGGCAGAAAACUGGAAAUACGCCUCCCGGGAGUAGGAGACGACCACUCAGGCCAUCCAGCCUGACCUGUGGGUUGUGCUGAGCCCAACCUCAGAAAACAUGGUCCCAGACCUUCACCAUUACACUCUGUAAGGAUAUUGUAUCCUUUUGUCAGCUGUGAACACUGACAAAUUACCACCUGUUAAUAAAAAAACUCUUUUGGGUUUUUGACUCCUGAAGUUACUUCCCACAUUAUAUUCCAACCACCAUGCUGUUACUGUUCCCAGUCUGUUCUCUUCACCCUGAAGUCUCUCUGCAUCCUCCGCAUAGCUCCCACUGAUAUCUGACGUAUUCAGAACGUGACCAUAUCCUGUGGUGAGAUUCCACACCUCUCUUCUAACACACCACCAUCCAUGUGUAAUCCAUGAAUUACGUACAGAUGAUGAUCCCGCAAAGGUUACUCUAAUGACUGUAAUUUCACUGGCUGAUGUAGCUGACUGCUGAAUUUGUGAAUGCAAAAUUAAAUGC